UGUUCGUUAGUGUUUAUCAAAAAUAAAAUCUAUUUCAUAAUAAUAAAAAAAAUUCUCUAGAAAAUAGUCAUCGAUUCAAUCAGACAAUUGAACAAUUAUUAUUGAAAAAUUAAUGUUAUCGCGCACUUCAGAUAAAAAGGGAAUCUGAUUUAAAUGUUUUUAAUAUUGCCACAAAAAUCAUUCUUAUCAAGAAAUAAAUUUUGACCGUGAAAUUAAAUGUUAGUUCGAUUAAGUUAAGUUUCGAGCGAAAUGGGAUCUAACAAAAAGAAGAAAAUUUCGGGGAAAAUUAAAGAUCCUUUAGCUGUUACGUGGAGUGAGAAAUACGAUGAUCAAAUUCAAGGGGUUUGGAAAAAAAUUCCAAGAUUUGUUGCUACUUUUUUAGUAACAAUAGCUGUUUGUACUAUGGGGUUGGCAAUAAGUGGCGAUUGGUUAAACAUUUUGGUCCAUUUAAUGAAACAAUUCAACAUUGAAUUCCCCGAAACUCUCAAAACUAAUUCAUCAUUAGACAACAUUUUGGAAACAUUAAAAUUAAAAAAUUUAUGGUCUUUUUGGAUCGGAUCCGUUAUUUUUAGUUAUGCAAUUUAUGUAAUAAUCGGAGGAUUUUUACAUUGGUAUUUCUAUGUGAGACAACGAGAUAGACCUGAAGAAUGGAAAUGCCAACCAAAUAAAUGGAUGUCACCCGAAUUAGAACGACAUGAGAUCAUCUUUGGGUCGCUAAACUUAAUGGUUAAUGCCAGCAUUUCGGCUGUAGUUGCUUGUUAUAUUAGUAAUGGUGGAUAUAGUACGGUUUAUUAUGGAUUUUCUGAUUAUCCUUGGUGGUGGCUAAUUUUGCAAGUUCCCGUUGUUUUUAUUUAUCAGGAUUAUGCAACUUAUUGGCUCCACCGCAUUUACCACACUCCAUUUUUAUACAAAAACUUCCACAAAAUGCACCAUAAAUAUAAACAACCAACAGCGUGGUCCGUCACGGCGAUUCAUCCCGUUGAAAGUAGUCAUAUUCAAUUAACAUUGAUGAUUCCAAUUUUUGUUAUUCCAGUCCAUUGGGCUUCUUUUUACGCCUGUGCGCUUUACGCUUAUUACCACGGAAUAAUUGAUCAUUCAGGUAUUAAUUUCAAAGCAUUUUGGUGGCAACCUUGGCAACCUGACGCUAUUUUCCACGAUAAUCACCACCAAUAUUUCCAUGUUAAUUUUGCGUUCAACAUCUAUUUUUGGGAUAUUCUACACGGAACGUAUAGAAGAAAAGAUCGCCUUUACACUGAAGAUACUUAUUACGGACAAGGAAAAGCGCUAAACGAAGCGACCGCAUCGGAAAUCAAAGCCGAUUUACAAGAAAGAAAGUCCGAAAAUCCUUUGGCUUAUCGAGGGAAUAAAUUGGAGUUUGAUUUGAACGAGAAAGAUUUAAAAUUGGAGUUGAAUGGAACGUACAAAAAGUUGAGAAAGAACAAAAAAUAUUAUUAAGAUAAUUUUUGUAAAUAUUUAUUAAAUUUGGU